AUGCACCAACCUGACCAUCCACCAGGCGAUGAGGCACCGAACAAGUCAGGAGAGGUGAAAGAAAAGAGCGAGUCGCGAUCUCACGCAGGGAACCCUUUAGGCGAAGCUCCCCAAUCAGUCGGUAAAGACAUCAGCAGGCAUCAGGUAGAGAUGGGGUUAGUUGGUGAAGAAGGAGAAGGUGCAGAGGAAACGAGCAUCAACUUCAACGAACAGGGCAGUAAGCCAAUGGACCUCGUAUCCACAGCAGUCAACAUCCAAAAGCGGAGAAGAUCUACAUCGGAGGAACGCAAUAGCGACAGAGAAAUCUUCAGUAACAACAAAUCAUCUCCUUGCCCUCCUAUGGAAAGCAACGUGAAAGAAGAAGGAAAGGUUGAUGCCAGCAAAGCCGCGAGAAUAAGGAAAGAAUCGGAAAAGAGGCGAAUGCACAGUGGAGCACCGGAAACGGACGAAGAGCAAGCUCUCCAACCUCCUGUGCCAACUUACCUGAACAUGAACAGGGAACAAUCUCCGCGGAAAAACGUCCAAAAGAACGUCCAAAAGAACGAUGAGGAAAAAAAGCUAAACGAAAGCGAAUACGAGAGAUACGAAAGGUACUACCAUGCAGUAGCAUACAACCUCUUGGCAGAAAUUCGGAACAAAGACGAAGCAUCAACAGCAGAAUCCAUUGCCAGGUCAGCAGCGAAGGAGGCAUUAUCUAGCAACAACGGCACUUACCCAUCCGAUCUACAAGUAGCGGUGCUAGCUGCGACGAUAAAAUGCAUGGCUAUAAAUUCACGCUCAUCCCCGGCAACAAUAAACAAGAGCUUCCAGGACAUAUCGACUCAGGAGAUCUUCGAGUUAGUGCAAGGAAUCCUAAACGAAGCUCAACCGAUAAAAAAGGUUCACUGGUCAGAUCAAGAUAGAGCGACUAAACCGCCGGAGUUCCUUGCAUUGCGAGAAAACGCGAUCCUCAAGCAAACCAAGAUGGCCGAACAGCUGGUGGGUUCAAUCGUACUACCGCCAAAGCGCUUCGUGUAUGGACAUCAUUCAGCAGAGACCUCUGACUUCGAUGAUACUGUUCAAGUUGGAAUUCCUCAACAACUAAGCUGUGAAACCCAAAAAAUC